UGGAGCAUGCCUGCAGCAUCACCUCUCUGAUGCUCAGUGAAACCCUGCCCUCCAUCACCAAGGACAUGGACACCCACACAUACCGACUUCCCCUCAGGGUGUGUGGGGCAUCGGACCCUUCAAUUUUCCUGCCAUGAUCCCUCUCUGGAUGUUUGCCAUGACCAUGGUGUGCGGCAACACCUACCUGCUGAAGCCAUGGGAGCGGGUGCCAGCCUGUGCCAUGCUGCAGUUGUGCCGGUACUCCAGACGGGUCGCUCAACAUCAUCCACGGCCAACAUGCUGGGAGCCAAGAACCAUGGUGUGGUGAUGCCUGAUGCCAACAAGGAGAACACUCUGAACCAGCUGGUGGGUGCAGCGUUUGGGGCAGCAGGGCAGCGCUGCAUGGCUCCGUCCACCGCAAUCCUGGUGGGGGAGGCACGGAGCCGGCUGCCGGAGGUGGUCGAGCACUCCAUAGCGUUGCGUGUAAACGCAGGAAACCAGCCUGGGGCAGACGUGGGGCCUCUGAUCACACCGCAGACCAAGGAGAGAGUCUGUCGUCUGAUCCAAAGUGGUGUGGAUGAAGGAGCUGAACUGCUCCUGGAUGGCCGAAACGUCAAGGAAGGCAACUUUGUGGGUCCCACCAUCAUCGGGAACGUCAGACCUGAGAUGAAGUGCAACACCGAGAUCGUUGGGCCUGUGUUGGUGGUUCUCGAGACCACUCUGGAUGAUGCCAUCAGUGUGGUCAACAGGAACCCCUAUGGCAACGGUUCAGCUAACUUCACCACAAAUGGCGCCACUGCACGCAAAUAUACUCACGAGGUGGAUGUGGGCCAGGUUGGAGUCAAUGUUCCCAUCCCUGUUCCACUGCUGAUGUUCUCCUUUACCGGAUCAAGAAGAUCCUUCAGAGGGGACAUGCGCUUCUACGGAAAAAACAAGGAAUCCAGUUCUACACACAGAUCAAAACUGUAAUCUCCCAAUGGAAAGCUGAAGAUGCCACCUUGACAAGUCCUGCAGUGACUAUGCCACCAUGGGACGCUAAAUAUUGAGUCUGAUCGAGACACCGUGUACUACAUACAGUACAAGACACUUGUAUACAGGGGUUGAGGUUCUUACCACUUCAUAGCUUUAAUAGAUAAAAUACAACAGUUUGCCACACACUAUCAGAGAGGGGACAGAUACUGAUGCAGUAGGAAAAGUACUCAUGCGCUGUCGGUUUUCGUUUUAUACAAUAAGAAAAUGUGAGAAAAAAAUGAGAACCUGUUUUUUCUUCAGAUGAGAAGUUGUUCUAUGAUGGUUGUUUCUAACACUUUAUUCAGUCAUAAUAAAUAUGUUGGUAGGAUGAGGGUAAA